ACCGCCAAAGUGCCAAUGGCGUCUCCCAAACACCUAGCUCCGCUUCUCGCCCUGCUCCUCCUCCUCCCCUGCAUUUCCACCCCGGCCACCGCGCAACCCCUCGCCUCCUCCGAGGCCAAGGCGCUCUACCGCGUGCGCCGCCUGCUGUUCGCCCCGCCGGCGCUCGCCCCGCUAACCACAUCCCCGGACCCCUGCGCUCUCCGCCCCACGCCGUCCCUCACCAUCUCCUGCUCCGGCGGCCACGUCACGUCCCUCGCCAUCCACGGCGACCGCCAGCCGGACCCGAAAUGGCGCGGCGCGCUCCCCUCCACCUUCUCCGCCGACGCGCUCUUCACCACGCUCACCCGCCUCCCAUCCCUCUCCGGCCUCUCCCUCGUCGCGCUCGGCGUCUGGGGCCCGCUCCCGGGCGCCAAGCUCCUCCGCCUCGCCUCCCUCCACUCCCUCAACCUCACCGCCAACUACCUCUACGGCGCCGUCCCGGCCCAGCUCGCCCGCAUGAGCUCCCUCCAAACCCUCGUGCUCUCCCGCAACUGGCUCAACGGCACCGUGCCAUCUCUAACCGCCCUCGCCUCCCUCGCCGAGCUCGACCUCGGCUCCAACCGGCUCGACGGCGCCUUCCCGGAGGUCCCCGCCUCGCUCUCCACCCUCGUCCUCACCAACAACAACUUCACCGGCAACAUCCCCACGUCCAUCGCCUCACUCGCCCACCUCCGCUUCCUCGACGCCUCCCGCAACCGCCUCGCCGGCUGGAUCCCCCCCGCCGUCUUCGCGCUCCCCGCGCUGCGCCACCUCGACCUCUCCCACAACCAGCUCGCCGGCCAGCUCCCCCCCACCACGGCGUGCGCGGGGGCGCUCGACUUCGUCGACCUCUCCGCCAACCUGCUCGUCGGGCCGCGCCCCGCGUGCCUCAGGUCGCGCGCCGUGCUCGUCGCCGGGAACUGCUUCGCCGACGCCGCGCAGCAGCGCCCCAGCGCGUACUGCAGCCCCGCGGCGAUUGCCGCGUCGCUGCCGCCGACGCAGGGGAGCGGUGGCGGUGCUGGGCGGGGCGGCGGGGGUAAGGGCCGUGGCGUGGGGGUGGUUCUUGGCAUUGUCGGCGCCGUCGUGGGAGGCGCGCUGCUCGUCGCGCUGGUGUUGGUGGUGGUGCUGAGGAGGGCCAGGAGGCGGCACCGGCACCAGCACCCCGAGGUCAUGUACCUGCCCAAGUCGCCGUUGGUGAUGCCGGCGAAGAAGGCCGACGACGGGAAAUCUCCAGCUAAGGUGGCCCAGCACAAGAUUGCUACGACUGCCGAUAAGAGGCAUGCAUCACAGGCUGCAAGGGUAAAUACACUGGAAGUGCCAGCCUAUCGUGCUUAUACGAUGGAGGAGCUCCAAGAAGUAACAGACAACUUUGCUUCACCCAACUUGAUCAAGAAUAGUCCCCUUACACAGCUUUACAACGGCCAGCUUCAAGAUGGUUCUAGAGUCCUGGUGAGAUGUCUCAGACUAAAGCCAAAGUAUUCUCCCCAGAGCCUGUCGCAGUACAUGGAGAUAAUUUCUAAAUUCCGCCAUCGCCAUUUGGUUAGCAUCAUUGGUCAUUGUAUUGUCAAUGAUGAGGAAAAUCCUACUAUUGCUAGCUCGGUAUACCUCAUCUCUGAAUGCAUAACAAAUGGAUCUCUUAGAAGCCAUCUUACCGAAUGGAGGAAGCGCGAAAUGCUGAAAUGGCCACAGCGGGUUUCCGCUACCAUUGGUAUUGCGAGAGGGAUCCAGUUCUUGCACAACGUGACUGCCCCAGACGUUGUACAGAAUGAUAUCAACAUCGAAAAUAUUCUGCUGGACAAGACCCUCACUUCGAAAAUUAGUGACUUCAGUCUCCCGAUGAUAUCGAUCAGCAAGAAUGGCAAGAUAUGCUCAGAAAACCCUUUCAUUGUCCAGGAAGAAAACGACCACGGCAGUGCUCAACCUACAGAAAAAGGGGACAAGGACGACAUAUACCAGUUCGGACUAAUUCUUUUGGAAGUGAUCACAGGCAAAUCAACAGAAUCCCGGAGAGACCUGGAAUCCCUAAAAGCUCAGUUAAGCGAGGCCCUGGCUGAAGACCCAGAAUUGCUGAAAGACAUGGCCGACCUGACGAUCCGUGGCACAUUUGCGGUGGACUCUCUGAGUAAAGUGACCGAGAUAGCCCUCAAUUGCACGGCUACUGACCCCAGCGACCGGCCUUCCAUUGACGACGUCCUUUGGAACCUGCAGUACUCCAUGCAGGUCCAGGACGGGUGGGCGAGCAGCGAGAGCUUAAGCUUGAGCGUAAAAUCACAGUCGUGAACUGAAGGGUGCAAUGCUUUAUUUUUAUUUUAUCGAUGCACCUUCAUGGUGUUCUAUGGCUGGCCCUUGCUGUAGAAAACAUAAGCAAAUGUUGCUUGUUCUUCCCCGUAUAUAGAAGUGUUCUAUUUUUUGUCAUCGUCGUCAACUCCAGAUAUAUAAGCCCAGCUUAUCCUGACAUUGGAAUAUAACUAGCAGCUCUGCCAAAGGAAGAUGCUGUCUAAAGUUUUGUCUGA